AUGGCGUCGGAGGCGAUUGCGGAGAUCGAGGAGCUGAUCAAGGUUCAAGAGGUGGGUGAGGGUGAUUUGCAGGUGGGCGCGGCGGCGGGCGGGCAGUCCGGAGAAGAUUCGCCGGCGCCGCCGCAGGCGGCGGCGCCGGCGGGGAGGGAGUUUUGUUGCAAAUAUUGCGACAAGAAGUUCUGCAACAAGCAGGCGUUGGGAGGGCACCAAAACGCGCACAAAAUGGAGAGAGAUAUGGAGAAGAAUGCGAAGAAAAAUGAGCGGCGUGGUGGGUUCAUGGAUUAUGGUUUCUUGCACCCUCGUUUUCUAUGUUCUCCUUUGGCCGGCUUUCCGCCUCUUCCCGGCGGCGGCGGCCAGGCGAACAACUGGUACCAGGCGGUCGCCGCCGCAAAGCCGCCGUGUUUCCUGCCCGGAAAUCCCAUUCCCUCGCCGGAGAUUCCAGCCGCCAGGCCGCCCUAUCCUUUUCCAUUUCCACCGGCGGUGGGAAAUGGUUCCCUCCUUGCUCAAGUUUCACCGCCGCCGGCGAUGAUUUUCCCCGGCGGCGGCAACGCCUUUCCAGGGGGAAGUGUUCCCGCCAAUAAUUCUCCGGUUACCCCUAUCAGGCCUGCUUCCAUGGUUAUCAACUCCAAUCCAAUGAAUACUCCAGAAAUGAACGAGGAGGAUGGAGGAUUGGACUUGACUCUCAGGCUGUGA